GCGGAAGUAUAGGUCCUGUGAAGCAAGUGACGUCAAUCCCCCGUGACCUGUCUUCGCCAUAUUGACGGUUUGGCAGAAAGCAGUAAAGGAAAAGAGAACUGGGAUUUGGUGGUGGUGCUAACGGGGGGUAGCAGCACUUGAACGGGUAGAAUUGUGGUGGAUACAGUGGGUGUACGGUCUAAAGUAGGUAGCAACAGAUUGAAGUUAUGGCUUCAAGAAAGAAGGUUCUCCUAAAAGUAAUUAUUCUUGGAGAUUCAGGAGUUGGCAAGACUUCCUUGAUGAAUCAGUAUGUGAACAAAAAAUUCAGUAACCAGUACAAAGCCACAAUAGGAGCAGACUUCCUUACAAAGGAAGUAAUGGUGGAUGAUCGUUUGGUCACAAUGCAGAUCUGGGACACUGCAGGACAAGAGCGGUUCCAGUCUCUAGGUGUGGCAUUCUAUAGAGGAGCUGAUUGUUGUGUUCUAGUCUUUGAUGUCACCACACCUAAUACAUUUAAGACACUAGACAGCUGGCGGGAUGAAUUUCUUAUUCAGGCCAGCCCACGGGACCCUGAAAACUUUCCCUUUGUUGUGCUGGGAAAUAAGAUCGACUUAGAUAACCGUCAGGUCCCCACCAAACGGGCACAAGCUUGGUGCCAAAGUAAGAAUAACAUUCCAUAUUUUGAAACCAGUGCCAAAGAGGCCAUAAAUGUUGAUCAGGCUUUUCAGACUAUCGCUCGCAAUGCCCUGAAACAGGAGUCAGAAGUGGAGACAUAUGACUUCCCUGAUCAGAUCAAACUGGACCGGAAUGACAAGCCAAGGGCAGCAGCCGAAGGUUGCAGCUGCUGAGGGGUUGGAGUUCGGACCUGUGGAAGUAUCAAAGGCAUUAUCCACCUUGCACAAAAGCCUUGGAUGCUAAACUCCUCUCCCACUUCAGAAAAUGAUGCCCCAUCACGCUGCCUUGAUCUAAAAACAAAAAAAAAAAAUUACAUCAGUUGCCUCCUUUUAUCUUGACACUUAAUGUUUCCCAGUAGAACAGCUAUAUUCCCAGAGAACCACACACUUUUUUCUGUGAGGCUUCCUUCACAGAAUUUGCAGACUUGUAGUGGUACAUGACUGAGAUUUGGAGUAGUUAAAAUGCUCUGAACUGAUUUUACUGCAUUGCAUUUUGAUUGUUUUAAAUCCCCCACCUCCAGUAAAUCAAUCCUGUACACACAGUACACUUGUGGGGUUGACACCUAAUUGCAACUGGAAGUAAGGAGUAAUUGAUAGCACUUCUAGCUUAGUGAAAGUAUACUACUUGGUCUCAGUUGGACACAUGGUCUAAUAAAGUUUGGCUUUUUAAUUAUUGGGACCAAUUACUGUUAAAUUUGGGGGAAAUGGAUAAUGGGUCUUUCUGCUCAUCUUUUAGGCCAUUUUGUACCAUUUGCCUACUGUUUCUGUUGGGGGAAUUUGUUUCCUGCACAAAAUGAGUAUCUGGUGAAAGGAAAGCUGAUCGGUGCUUUGAAUACAUGUAAGAAUUCCCUGUUGCACUUCUUGAAGGGUACUGUGCUCUAGAAAUUUAGCUGUGCUGUAAUCCUUUUUUUCUUCCUCCAUUUUUGUAGCAUAGUCGGGACCUUGAUUGUAGCACUUCUGUACAGAGAAAAUUCUGUUCAUUGUAGUUAAACAUAUUCCUGUAAGAUAUUUGACCUGAUGAUUGCUAAGUAUAUUGCUUGUAGAUAUGAAAAACGUGCAUCACAGGUAUAAAAACUCUUGUUCACAUCCAUCUCUUUUCCUCUUGAUUUUUUUUAGUAGUAUUCUCCCCUAGUCUUAAGAGCUAUGUUCCAAGUUCCAUUUUGGCCACAUGACUAAUGUGUAAUAUCCUUGGGAAUGAUGAAGUAUCUUUGCAUACAACAUCGGCAAAGUAAUUCCUGUGUGAUUAGAUUGUGUAGUCUAUGUAUCUGUAGUUAACUGUUCAUAAGGAAUUGGCUUCUGUUGCUUCAUGUCUAUAUUUUUUUGCUUUGACUGUAUUGAUACAAAAGAUGCUAAAAAUAUCAGUAUCUUGAAGCUGUGUCAUAAAUUGUUAGAGGUCUGUCAUUGCUACAUGUAAGAAUGAUGCAAAAGCAGUAGUCAUUGAAGGUGUGAUAGUACAGCUAGUGGCACUUCAUUUCUGACACUUACAGUUUCUUGUAACAAAUUCAUUGCUAGAAACCAUUCUUCCAAACAAACUUAAAUGUCUAUUUUCCUCUGAAAUUGGAUUUCCCUUCAAAUGUAUAUAUGCUUCACUAAUUUUCGUUUGAUUUUGAAACCUUGUGCAAUAGAGAAACCAACAAAAUAGUUGUAAUAGAUUAAUUUUAAUGUAUGUGCAUGUCUUCAUGCAGAUGAAGACUUAUUGUAGUUGUAUAUUUUUGAAUAUGUAUCUGGGUGGGUUUCUAAUAGUACACCCGCUUAAUCCAUGUACCCCAUACUGUUGCCAACCCUCAGUAUACUGAAGUACAGAUUUGGAAAGAAUGGGGGCCAUUGUCCAUGGUCUUCAGCAAAUAAGCUUACUGUCCUAAUCUCAAUUUUGUGCAAAGCUUGGAGUCGGUCAUUUGGCACGCUUAUGUUGCGCUGCCAUAUCUGUUCAUUCAGGGGAGUUCUUGCAUAGUCUGAGCAGUACUGUUUGGGCAUUGACUGGCCUUUAAUGUCUGUCCAGCAUUCACAAAGAAACCCAGAAUCCCCAAACCCAAAAACCUGUUUAUCCCAAUUCUCUGCUAUUGAUAAACUUUGAUCAAAACCAGGGUAGUGGGUGUGACAGAUGUCCAUAAAACUCUCUUCACUAUCAGCGAUGCCAGUGUACUUUACAUACUAAAACAAGGCAAUAGUGUAGUAGUUUCUGGGCACUUCUGUUUUUAAUGGACCUGCAAGAGUCAUUCAUAGGGAUGGUACAAGUUUGUUUCCACAGCAUCUUGAGUUCUGUAGUCUGGUACAUUAACCUUUAGAAUGUAUGUUAAGAUUUAUGUAGAAACUUCUGUGAAUUGCACCUGUCCUCCAAAGAUGAUAUUUUUGAGCAUUACCUGUGGAUAACUUUUCUUGCAGCUGUUGCUUAUGCUAUGCUACUGUUACAUGUCUUUGUGCUCAAUGUUCCAUUGCAUAUUUUGGCAGAUGGUGAAUAGAUGGCUUAGCUCCUGCAAAAAAGGUGCUAUUUAUAUGCAUUGAAGUGUGGGUUUGACACCCUUGCAUGUCAUACCUCAAGGUUUUGUGAAGUGGUGGUUUAGUGAGUAAAUUGACAUUUGAACAACUUGCAGGUACUAGUUGAGUACUGGAACUGUGCUUUCAGGCAUUUAAUUGCUAUAUAGGUGCAUACCUGUAGCACAGAGUAUAGAAAUAAAAGUACAUUCUCAUGGAUGUCUUGGUAGUGAGUGCUCUGGCGGGUUUGGGCUUUCCAGUAAGCCUUUUCUUAAGUGGGGAGGCAGGUUGGUGGUAAACCUAAACUGAGAGGCUUGGUUAGAGUCUGCAGCAUUUUCCCUUCUGUUUACUGACGCUUGCUUAUACAAGAGAACAUUUGAUUGUAAAUGUAGUGUUUUGACUAUAGUCUAUUCCUUGCCUUUUAGUGCAAGUAAAUUUUUCCUUUUUGAAGUAGCUGAUGGGACAGUCUGACUCUCAUUUUGUUUGGACAAGUUGCUGGAAUGGUUGUGUAUUCAAAACAGGAAAGAUGAGCCUUUUUUUUUUUUUUUUUCCCAGUACUAGUUAGCACAGCAGCUGACUGCUUUGUUGAAGGAGAGUUGAGUUACAUUUAGCAUUGUCUGCUGACCUGCUUUUUUGAAACUUACAUAUUCGGUUUUGGCAGUUCAGUUCUUUCACAAGCUUUUGUUGUAGAGGACCCGGUGUAGUUUUCUAGCUUGCUUUUUUCAAGAUAACCUUGUUGGGGGAAGCCUUAGUGUUACUGGAAUGUUUGGAAGUGCUUUGCUAAUUCAGUCAUGUGGUCCCCUAAACUUUAAGGGACCUAUUUAUUCUCUGUAUUUUUCUUUAGAGGUUUUAUGUCUGAUGUAAAAAAAUAAAAUAAUGAAUUGGGAGAAAUGCUGAGCAAGGUCUGUUGUCCUGUUGCAUCUAGCCAUUGGUGUGCAAGUUGAACCUCGCACAUGGAGUGGUCGCGCUGCUAUUUGUGUGGUCAUUAGACUAUAUUGGGAACCAGUGUAAAUUACUUGAUUAUACAUUAAUUUUCUGCAUAAUAUAUACAUUAAUUUUCUGCAUAAUGCUAACAAGUUGCCAACUGCAAGUUAUAAAGCACAUGACUUACCCUACAAGAAAUGGUAAAGCUUGAUUGACCCAUCAGGGUACAACAGAACUGAAUCUGUUACUUGUUUUAGGAAUGGUUAAGUUGUCUACAGUUCAGGUUAGUACACCUUCUCACCUAUGUGGUGGAAAAUAUUUUAAUAAUGUUUAAAUGAUGAAUUAUGGUAGCAUUACCCAGGCACUGCAUGCAUAGGCAGCAUUAUGUUCUGUGCUGACUUGCUCCUGAGCACGCAUAAUAAAAAGCAUAAAACGUUGAGUGUUAUAAGGUGGUGUUUUUUGAAGUUUUCUUAUGCUGCAAAACGCGAGUUUCCAUUAGUGUUCCCUUUGAAAGGUCUCUGUUUUGGCUUUCAAGUAAAAUACUCUGUUCCCAUUCCAUGGUUGUGAAUGUUAAAAUAGUCAUGUCACUAAAGUAGUAGCAACUUUUUUAAAGUAUUGUGGCCAAAUUGGAAGCACUGAAAUUAUAUAGACAGUUCCUGGGGCUUUCCACCAUUUACUAGGGCAGUACAGCUUGUAGGGGUGCUUAGUCAGAUAAUCUGCUAAAUUUAAUGGGGUGGGUAUGUGUGUAUAUAGUCAGACCAUUCAGAAUUGCCCUACUCCAAUAUUUUAGUCAACAUCCAUGUUUACAACCCUUCAUUAAUGAAACAGUUGUACAGUUAGUAAAGCAUUCUUAUCUAUGUUUUGCGUUGUAUAUUAUAUAAUAUAUAUACUGUAUAUCAAAUUACAGCUGAUUUUAUAUUCUCUUCAAAGAGCUGAAAAGUUCUGUGAUGUAACAUCUGCCUGUUUAUAAAGUUUUCCUGACGAUAUAGAAUAAACUGUAUAUUCCCUAA